AGAGAGAGAGAGAGAGAGAGAGAGAGAGAGAGGUGUGAACUGUCAGACGAGCGGACUCGAUACCGAUGCGCUUCAAAGGAGUGAAGCAAAACCCGCUUGUUGCGCUAUAAUUUUACACAAGAGGACGACAGGAAAUAUAGUUUUAGUUGUUGUUGUGAUAUUUACUACCUAAUAUAGAUCUUUUCGACGAAGCAUAGGAGUGCAAUAACAGGCUAUACCCUCUGUCUUGCCAGGCCAUUACUCACGCAUUGUUGUAAGCUAACUGGGCAGCUUUGACUUAAGGGAUUGUUCCAUAACGUCAGUGAAAAAACAAAUCGCUUCCCUUUUUUUUUUGAAGAGGAAGAGGACGCGGGGGAGCCGCAUAGCUUGUUCCGUAUCUAAUUUGUCUGGGGUCUGUUUUUUUUUUAUUCUGCAAACGGAGCUUAUCCGAAUCAGUGCUAUUUCGUCUAUCUUGAUAUUAGGACGACAGCGGCGGGUGUCGGAGAGGUGUGUGAGGAAGAGGCAACGUAGAGGAAGAGACAGUAAUGAUGAUGAUUGGUAAAUCGGUGAAAGACAUUGACAGAUAUCACGCUGUCCUCACUUCGCUACUAUCACUCGAGGAGAACAAAUUCUGCGCGGAUUGUAAAUCCAAAGGUCCCAGAUGGGCGUCAUGGAACCUGGGUAUAUUCAUCUGUAUCCGCUGUGCUGGGAUCCACAGGAACCUGGGCGUCCACAUCUCCAGGGUCAAGUCUGUCAACCUGGACCAAUGGACACAGGAACAGAUACAGUGUGUCCAGGAGAUGGGGAAUGCCAAGGCCAGACGACUCUAUGAAGCUUUCCUACCAGAAUGUUUCAUACGACCAGAGACUGACCAGUCAGCAGAGAUGUUCAUCAGGGACAAAUAUGACAAGAAGAAGUACAUGGACAAGGUUCUAGACGUCAACAGACUUAGAAAAGAGAAGAGCUGUGAAAACAUCCCCAAGGAGCCAGUAGUGUUUGAGAAGAUGAAGUUGAAGAGAGAGAACAGCCCAAAGACACAGACCCAGUCUCCGUCUAUCUCUGACCUCCUAGGACUUGAUGAUCCUGCUCCCCAUCCUCUUAUAUCUACUGGUAGAUCCAGCUCUGAAGAGAGGGGGAGUCCUCUGGUGGCUAACCCAGCUACGGUGCACUCUGACCUGAAUCCAUUCAGCUCCCUGCCUGCCUCUUCCUCCACCACCUCCACCAAGACCACGCCGGUGGGUAGCUCCAUGCCCAGGGGUGGUGUGGCCGCGUCGGUACCCGAGAACCUCAGCCUGUUCCUGGACUCAGCACCCAGACAGGAGGGCUCUAGGACCAAGAUGUCCAAGGACUCUAUCCUCUCUCUCUACGCAACCACACCCACAUCGCACCAGAACCUGGCUGCACGGGCUGGCCUGUACAUGAACCCAGCUCAGCUGGGCUACUACGGAUCGUACCAUUCCCUGGCCACGCAGGGGGGAACGAUGGGAGGAGCCAUGGUGACAUCAAACUCCAUGAUGGCCCUGAGUGGUCAGCAGCAGAACGGCACGAUGGGAGGGCAACAGCAAAGCGUUAUGGGAGCUCAGCAGAGUGGAAUGGUGGCCGCACAGCAGAACGGCAUGAUGGGAGCUCAGCAGAACGGCAUGAUGGGAGCUCAGCAGAACGGCUUUAUGGCUCAACAGGGUCUCAUGGGGCAAGCGGCCAACACAUCCCUGUUCAUGGCAGGAGUGCCACACAGCAUGAUAAGUCACCAGCAAAGCAUUAUGGGAGCUCAGCAGAGUGGUAUGAUGGGAGCUCAGCAGAGUGGUAUGAUGGGAGCUCAGCAGAGUGGUAUGAUGGGAGCUCAGCAGAGUGGUAUGAUGGGAGCUCAGCAGAGAGGCAUGAUGGGAGCUCAGCAGAGAGGCAUGAUGGGAGCUCAACAUAACGGCAUCAUGGGAGCACAGCAACAAAGCAUCCUUGGACAUCAACAGAAAGGCAUGAUGGGUGGAGUGGCGUCCGUGCCUCAGCAGGUACAGCAGGAUCAGUGCUCCAUCACUCAGAUGACCCAGCACAUGGCGGGGGUGAACUUCUACGGCACCAACGGCAUGAUGGGAUACGGAAGUCAGCACAUCGGAGGACCAAAGACUCAAAGCUCCAACCACAUGACGACGUCUCACGUCUGGAAGUGAUGUCAUCACCUGAAGAGGAAGUUGAUGUCACUGAGCAACAGUGGUGCUUGGAAGGUUUCGGGGACUUUUCGAAUUAACUUUCCAUCAGACAUUUUAGAUAGCAUGGGAGGAGGAUGAGGAAGAGGAGGAGGGGUUUACUUAGGCGCUCUUUCAAUCUCCUCUCCUCUCCUCUCCUUUCCUCUCCUCUCCUCUCUCCUCUCCUUAUUUCAGAGCCAUUUUUGUAGAUUUCCAUGCUUGCCUUCAGAUCAUUCUACGACCAAUCAAAGGACAGGGUUUCAGAGGUGAAGACAUCAAAGAGGUCAUACUGAACUGGUACCACAGCAUAGAAUACAUCUCAUAUCCCGUGUGUGUGUGUGUGUGUGUGUGUGUGUGUGUGUGUGUGUGGGUGUGUGGGUGUGUGGGUGUGUGGGUGUGUGGG